AUUUUUUUCCAAAACUAUUUAUUUAUUUAUUUAUAUUUAUUUAUUUACUGAUAUAAUACCUACUCAUUUGUAUCUUGGACCCGAACAAAUAUGAAAUUGCUGGUCGACUCCUCCUCUUCCCUCCUCUUCUCGCUGCUAUUGGCCCAGCUACCUAUACUUACCUCUGCACUCCCUGUUCAUCAUCGCCGCAUCCCUGAUCUUGAAAAGCUGACCAAUCAGACAAGGAAUUUGCUGAAACUGACCCAGGACCUUCUGAAAGACCAUGUGAUUGACACUGACAUUGAGCACAGAUUCAAAUCCCUCCCAGCUAUGACCAACAGAGCAAGUGAUCUCAGUACACUAGAGUUGAAAUCUACUUUGUCUCAGCUUCUCGUGGAUCUCCAGUCCUUCGAGGUCCACUUUGACUGGCUUAACAGGGCAUCACGGAAACACAAGCAGGCCGCCUUGCCAAAGUUAGGCGAGAUGAUCUCCCAUAUUAAGUCAUUAAGUGCCUCCCUCCUCCGCCAGAUACAGAAGGUUGAUGCCCCGCGGCUCCCAUCCCCCACUCCCUCCCUCCCGCCACUCCCUGCUUUUCAGUGGGAUGUGGUCCAGUCUUCCCUCGAGCUCCUUCAACAGUUCCGACUCUUCUGUGACUGGGCAUCUCGAGCCCUCCUCACUCUCAAGUCCAAGAUCUGAUGGCUGUGCCAGGAAGGUCCACUGAACCUUGA